UUAAAUAGAUGAUCUCAUUGUGUUCCAGCGAAAAUUUCACUAUAGCAUGAGAGUGUUAAAGUGAAAUUUUCGUACAAAAAUACGAUGAAAUCAUCAAGUACAUAAAUUCGUAAUAAAAUGACAUUCAUUUCCACGCACGUUACAUAAGUCAUAUCUACGUUACAACAUACGUAACGUCACCGACUUCCUACUUAGAACUUUCGGGUUUGGUAAAGUACAUAUAGAUCCGUUUCCUGGGGUGUUCCUGACGCACGAACUAUGCAACUCCCCUCCCCUUCCCCUCGAUCACGUAUGGACAAGACGACUGGUUUCAUAUUUAAACACGUGCGAUAUACGAACGGUCGCUUAUGUAUUUUUUUUUAAUAUUAUUUAAUUAACGAAAUCGAAACAGUGCGAAUGUAGUUCCAGUGUAGUGACAAAUAAUUGUCAUCUAAAUGACAGCUUUUAUGAAUACAAAUUUGAAAUGAUGGUGGUGCAGCGAAACUUCCUUACCGUACUAUCGUUAAUGAUGUUGGCAACUAUAAUAAGGAAAUCUAAAGGAAAUCCUGCUAUUGCAACCGGUUAUGACCCAAUGGAUAUCUGCAUAGAGAACUGUGCUCAAUGCAAGAAGAUGCUCGGCAGCUGGUUCGAAGGACAACUGUGUGCGGAAUCCUGCAUCAAGUAUAAAGGGAAAUUGAUAGUUGAAUGUGAGGAUUUCGCGUCUAUCUCGCCUUUCCUUAACAAAGUUGCUCGGUUACCUGGUAAAAGAGGUUAGAAUAGACAAAUUCUAACUUCCACGUUUAUGGUUCGUUAAGUACCUUUUUUAUUGCAUGGGUAUGACUUAAUAGCCACUAAACUGUUAGAAAUAUACUGUUAAUGCAGGAAUAAUAAAAGUUACUUAUAAGUACUAGUCAAGGUGCAAAAGUGUACAAAAAUAAGUAUAAGAUAUACUCCGUAUGCACUCAAAACUAGACAUUUAAGAAAAUUUAACACCUUGGAUUUUUGUAAAAUAAAUCGUUUUAAUAUUAAUAAUAGCGCCAUCUAUUGGUCACACGAGUAACUUUAGUCGUAUUGCCAGUUAUAAAAUAUAGUUUUAUUAGUUGGUAAGUAUUUUAAUUGUAAGAUUGUUCUACUGAACUUUAGUACAAAAAUUAAUUUUGUGCAAUAAGCGAUAGUCCUAACGAUAUUAUUUUGUUAUUUGAAUAUGGUUAUAAUUUGUUUUUGUUAAAAAUCGUAUAAGUGGCGACAUAAAAUUUACUGUAGACACUGCUAAUACAUAUAGUCUAUGUAAAUAACUAAUUUUUAUAUACCUUGUAAACACCUCGUU